CGUUCACACAUCUCUCCAGCGCCCUCCUUGGAAAGCCAAGAGCGCGACAGGUGGGGGCAGACACCGGAAGGAAGAAGACGUAACUGUUACCUUCGGGAGGCCACGAUGGAUACGCCAGAAACAUCUGUGGCGGACGUAGCCGUCGCGGUGGAUUCCCUCUGGGUUCUGCUUGGGGCUUCGAUGGUCUUCUUCAUGCAGGCUGGCUUCGCGAUGUUGGAGGCAGGCUCGGUCAGCAUCAAGAACACCAAGAACAUCCUCAUCAAGAAUAUCGGAGACUCGGCGAUGGGGGCGAUCGGGUGGUGGCUGUUUGGCAACGGGCUAGCCUUCGGGAAGGACAGCGGAGGCUUUCUUGGCACCACCGGCUUCGCUCUCAAGGACGAGAGCAUGUUCGGCACGACCUCGGGGGACUUCGUCUCCUUGUCGUACGCGAAUUGGAUUUUUCAGUGGGCGUUCGCGGCCUCUGCGACGACGAUCGUAUCCGGGGCCAUGGCCGAGCGCGCAACGUUCGGGGCGUACGUGCUGCAUUCUUUCCUCAUCACGUCCUUCAUAUAUCCCAUCGUGGCUCAUUGGGCCUGGUCCGAUGGCGGCUGGGCCAGCGCCCGACUUGCUGACGACGACGACCUCCUCUUCGGUUGCGGCGUGACAGACUUCGCCGGCUCCGGCGUCGUACAUAUGACGGGAGGGAUGGCUGCCCUCAUGGGGAUCUUCAUCCUCGGCCCUCGCGUCGGCAGGUUCAACGAGGACGGUUCCAGCAACACCAUGCCCCAGCAGUCCGCAGUGCUCCAG